AUGCAUAGUAUGUGCCUACACGACACUCAUACGAACUAAAAGUGAUUUAUAGUUAUACUUGUGUGCCUUAUUCCUUAACUAAUAAAUUGUAUAUUUUAAUGACGUAAUAUACUUUUAACUUGGUCAUUUCUAACACUGACGUUGGCCUAUCAAACAAAUUGAUGAACCGAUUGUCAAGAGUAAUAAAAAGCACACGAUUAAAAAAAGCAUAAUUAUUUACAAUACAUAUGUACAAACAAUUUACUCUUGCAAAAAAUUAACACACGUAGUGACAUGUUAUCUGAAGUGGCUAAUAAGCACCAUCCCCUCCCUCAUGCAAUUAUUUUCGUGAAAUCUCAGGCGCUUUUAUUAUAAACUUGCUGACAUUUUCGCGUACUAAAUUAGUAGAACACUGGACGUGUGGCGGCAAAGUUAGCUGAGAACACAGCUGAAUUGAAAAAUAUAAAUUUUGAGCAAAUAAAUACAAAUUGACAUUCGGAUGUAAACAGCAAAUUGAUUUACUAUUGUGCAUUAACUUAAUAAAGAGCGGAGUUUUAAAAGUUCGAUAAGAAAGUGUGCUCAUGGAGAAGUGAAAACUUUUCAAGUGAUCAAAUGCUCACAUACUCGCAGUUUCACACGCGUUCACGGCGAGUUAUCAGCUAAAGCUGUUAGUUUUCAAACGAACCUUAACAGAGAGCAAUGUUUGCCAGGCAGCAGAGCCGCUUACUGGGCGCUAAAAUUAUGCGCUGUGUCUCCCACCGCCGUAGCACAACAAUAGCGAAAGAGCAAAGAGCCAUUUGUAAGUGAGUGAUGUAAGGACUUACAUUUUUGAAAGCCGGUUUUACAAGCUAAUGUUUUUAAGUUUUACAAACUGGAUUUAGUUCGCAACUAGAAGCAGGAACACAAAGAACAUAUGUGUUUUGCUAGCGCUAAGAAUCCUCGAAAAACUAUUUUUCUUUUUUAAAAUUUAAUCAACUCUGAAUUUUACAAACGCAAAAUGCGUAUACGACAUUUAUCUAUUUUUAAACUUUCUUUGCUCAUCGCACUGCUCGUCGCCUCCAUCUUCACAACAAAAACAACGGCUGACAACUCAAACUCUAAAAACGUAGGCAAAAUGUCCGGCGAAGAUGAAAAAUUCCGAAUUCUUGUCACACACCCGCAAGUACCACAAGAGGCAAUCGAAUUGUUGUCGCGCGACUGUGAGGUAAUCGUCUGUCAGAACUUACCACCAAAUCGUUCGGAAAUUUUGGAGAAAGCCAAGGGUGUGCACGCCUACCUUUGGGCCGGACAUGAGAAGCUCAACGCAGAGGCAUUGGAUGCUGCCGGUCCACAACUGAAAGCUAUAUCCACCAUGUCUGCUGGCAUUGACUUUGUGGAUGUGCCAGAGGUUAAGCGACGCAAUAUACCGCUUGGCCACACCCCAGUUGUGCUUAAUGAGGCCGUUGCUGAUGUAGCUGUUGGCUUGUUGUUGGCAGCAGCGCGUCGUUUCCAAGAAGGACGUCAAAAGAUCGAGACCAACAAUUGGGAGAAAUUCACUCUAAACUGGAUGUUGGGUCAGGAUGUGCGCGACUCGGUAGUGGGUUUCUAUGGUUUUGGUGGUAUCGCACAGGCGAUCGCCAAACGUUUGUCCGGUUUUGACAUUGAUAGUGUUCUAUACACCACACGUCGACGCGUGUCUGAGGAAAUCGAAAAGGAGUACAAUGCCAAAAAAGUAGAUUUCGACACCAUGCUUGCUCAAAGUGAUUUCGUUAUCAUUGCUGCACCCUUGACUAAAGAGACCGCUGGUGUUUUUAAUGCCACUGCUUUUGCUAAAAUGAAGAAAACCGCCGUGCUGGUGAAUAUUGCACGUGGGGGCCUUGUAAAUCAGCAAGAUUUGUAUGAGGCCUUGAAAACAAAUCAGAUAUUCUCUGCCGGCCUGGAUGUAAUGACACCAGAACCACUCCCAUCGAAUGAUCCUCUCCUGAGUCUGCCAAAUGUUGUGCUCCUCCCGCAUUUGGGUUCCGCCACCCGCCGCACCCGCACCGAUAUGGGUACAAUAGCAGCGCAUAAUGUUUUGCGCGGACUCGCUGGGGAACCAAUGUUCUCACCUGCAUACUAAUUUCAUAACAGAUCGCUUGCUUGGUUAAAACUCAUAAUUCCAAAUUUAUAUUAAUCAACUAAUUGCAAUAAAAGUAAACAAGAGAAGAAGAAGUUUUAAUAUGAUAAGAAUAAAAAAAAUAAUAUUAGAUAAA